AUGUACGCCGAGUGCGUGCCGGUGAUCCUGUCCAACGGGUACGCGCUUCCCUUCGCCGACGUGCUGCAGUGGGAGGCGUUCUCGGUGGCGGUGCCGGUCGCCGACAUCCCCAGGCUGAGGGAGGUGCUGGAGCGGAUACCGGCGCCGGAGGUGGAGAGGCUCCAGCGAGGGGUGCGCCUGGUGAAGCGCCACUUCAUGCUGCACCAGCCGCCGGAGAGGCUGGACAUGUUUCACAUGAUCAUGCAUUCUGUCUGGCUCAGGAGGCUUAACCUCAGGCUGGAUCGCUAA